AGAUGACUAAAGCUAACUUGUACCUCCUGUUCGGCAUCGGCUUGGCGCUGCUCCCAUCAAUUCUUGGAGUGCCAAUCUUCUGGUAUCUCCCAUGGAACAGCUGGAUCCCAACGAGUACAACCACCAGCAGAAGCAGUGCCAGUUCGUCAUCACCACAAACAACGAAAGCCCCGAUAAAUGCUUCAAUCUCGAUUGGGAACCGGAUGAACACUACCGCCCUGGAUGACAUGGGAACACUGAUCGAAAACCUAACCAUCAAUCGUGGCCGAAGAGCGUUGCCAUCGAACGAAUCCAUCAUCCAGAUUGGGAAUCAAAUCAUUCGGCUGCCUCCGGGGAACCUCUCCAAUUUGACUAUCAGCAUCAUCGACGGAGUGCCUUACAUUGGACGGUGGCCUCCGAGCACGACUGAGAAAACCGAAGAAGGCCCCUCGCCAGGACUUUUUGGGCGGAUCCGAACUUUUUUGGAUGAGUUAUUUAAAUCGAAUUAACUUCCGAUCGUAAAAGCAUGGAGAGCUUGCCGGUGGUGGUGGUGGUGGAAGCAGCAACGGCAGCACCGGCGGCGCGUGCUGUGACAUCACACAACAAAACAACAAACUUAGAACGAAUCUAUUUUCAGCGGUGAAACUUGAAUCAAACCAAAAAUCGCGGCAUAUCGUCGUGUCAACCAGCUGUGGGUUACUGUCGCCCCUAGAGUCCCGGUCGUCAGCGGCAGCGACCAAGCUAUUUUAGGGAGGACGCUUUUUUCAAAACCAUUUCAUUCGGCACUAGUAGUAACUACCUAUUAUGUAAUAAAGAAAAAGAAAUAUAUAUGCCGCAAACCAGCCGUAACGAUUGUGCUAGGAUGUUUUCAAUUUUUUUCAACUGUGGUAUGAGUAUGUGCCGUAUAACUAGCAAUAACAAUAGCUGGCUUGACUUUGGUAAGACGCCUUGUUUCUUCUUACUGGUACGACAGUUUUAGACUUCUUAUUUCUUCU